CUCCCGCGCAUCGCGCGGGCCCCUCUACAGGUCACCUCCUUCCUCUUCACUCUUUCCCUACUUCUUCCGAACCCUAAACCGCUCCUCUCUCUCUCUCUCUCUCUUUUCUUAUCUUCUCUCUUUUCCUUCUUCUUCUUCCGAACCCUAGUCCUAACCCCUAAACCGCUCCUCCUCUGUCUCUCUCUCACGAAUCGGUCCACGAAAGAAGUCAGAGAAUCCGAUCCCCUCCCCCUUCUCCUGGAUCGCUCCUGCUGAGGUUUCUUGGAGAUCGGAUUCCGAUGCCAUCGGCUCACACUGGUCGAGCACAUCUGCGAAGCCUUCAGGAUGUGAGCUGUCGGAUGAUUCUUCUUUCUCCUUGAAUUAUGGUAUCUGAUUCGUUGGAGUGGCGUGAUAUUUCGAAAUAAGGGAGAAGGAGAAUUAAAUGAUGUCGAGGUUUUUGGCCUGUCAAAAAAUCAGAAAAGUUGGCUAUUCUUUUUUAGCUAACUCCAGAGCCAACUAUUCGACAAAUCAUUCUGCAUUAUGGUCGACAGAUAAUUUACCUCUUCCAUGCAGAUUGUUUUCACAAUACAAGGUUUUUUGUGGACAAAAUAACUUGUUUAUGCUCUAUAAAGCUGAGGAAAAUGUAUUCCAGAAUAACCCCUUGAGGAAGUUCUCUCUCCUUUCAGCUAGAAGUUCAAUGACCUAUCGUGCUCAAGUUGCCUGGAAAAGGCUUUGUGCAAUAUACUCUUACAGAGGAAUCACCUCUUCACCUCUCAGUAGAAUUGUCUGCACUACAAGCUUGGCUCUCACCAGAUCACAUUUAGUUCCUAGUAUUCUUGCAUUUGUUGCUGGAGAGAUAGCAUUGUCCAAGACGGCCUGGGCAGAUGGCGAAUACUUUCCAUCACGAAAUGGACUUUACAUGUGUGCACAAGAUAGCCAUAUUUUUCUCACUUUUAUACUAUUGGCCUUGGAGUGUCUUAUUUUGUUUUUUAGAACAAUCUAUUUGACAGUUCUGUUCUCGCCUAUCAUAAUGAUGUCUCCACUUGCAGACAGUUGUGGCUCUCACUUCAGAAAAAUGUGGCUUCAUCUUGUCCAUGCUACACUGGAGAAUGCAGGUCCAGCAUUUAUAAAAUGGGGUCAAUGGGCUGCGACACGUCCAGACCUCUUCCCUGGUGAUCUUUGCACUGAGCUGGCAAAACUUCAUACUAAGGCACCUGCACAUAGCUUUGCCUAUACAAGAAAAUCCAUAGAGAAAGCAUUUGGCCGCAAGCUUUCUGAUGUUUUUGAGAAUUUUGAAGAGGAACCCGUCGCUUCUGGAAGUGUAGCCCAAGUACAUCGGGCUUCUUUGAGAUUUCAAUACCCCGGUCAACAGACAAAGCGCUUAGUUGUUGCUGUAAAAGUUAGGCAUCCUGGUGUUGGUGACUCCAUUAGGAGGGAUUUCACGAUAAUUAAUUUGGCAGCCAAGAUGUCCAAUUUUAUGCCCACGUUGAGGUGGUUGCGCUUGGAUGAAAGUGUGCAACAGUUUGCUGUUUUCAUGAUGUCUCAAGUAGACCUUUCUAGGGAAGCUGCACACUUGAACCGCUUUAUUUAUAAUUUCCGCAGGUGGAAGGAUGUAUCCUUUCCAAAACCUCUAUACCCGUUUGUCCACCCUGCUGUUUUAGUGGAGACUUAUGAACAUGGAGAAAGUGUCUCUCACUAUGUUGAUGAGCUUGAAGGACAUAGUCGACUCAAAAGUGCUCUUGCUCACAUUGGGACUCAUGCACUCUUGAAGAUGCUACUGGUGGACAAUUUCAUCCAUGCUGAUAUGCAUCCUGGCAAUAUCCUUGUCCGAGCUCAAACCAAGCGUCCAAAUAAAGGGCUCUUUAAAUCAAAGCCUCAUGUUGUCUUUCUUGAUGUGGGUAUGACUGCAGAGCUUUCCAGCUGUGACCGUGUAAAUCUGCUUGACUUCUUCAAGGCUGUUGCGCUUCGAGAUGGCCGUACUGCCGCUGAGUGCACCUUAAAAUUAUCGAAAAAUCAGAACUGUCCAAACCCAAAGGCUUUCAUUGAGGAAGUAGAGAAGUCCUUUAGUUUCUGGGGCUCUUCUAAAGGGGAUUCUGUCCAUCCAGUUGAAUGCAUGCAUCAAUUGCUGGAACAAGUUCGCCGCCAUAAAGUCAAUAUUGAUGGUAACGUUUGCACCGUGAUGGUAACAACUUUGGUUCUGGAGGGCUGGCAACGUAAGCUGGAUCCAGAUUAUGAUGUGAUGCAGACACUGCAAACGUUAUUGUUCAGAUCUGACUGGGCUCAGUCUCUUUCAUAUACAAUUGAAGGGCUCAUGGCCCCUUAGGGGGGCGUCUCCCCUUCAGUUCUAUUUCUUCGAGAAAAAUUUUUGACAGCAUAAAGUUGGCAUACAAGUUGUUGGUAUAGGCCCUCCUAUUUUGCUAUUUCCCUUCUGAGUGUUGUUUUGCAGAUUCAUCAUCUGCGCCGUUCUCAAGUUUUAUAAAGGCAAAAUGCUGAUUUAACUGAAAGGAUAUUGGAAAUGAAUAAAAGGUGAUGACUUACAAUACGAUGCAAAUCGCUGGCCACCUGGAGUGCGGAACGGCAGUGGCUGCUGCUACUCCAUCCACGCCCCCUCUGCUGUACUCAAAUCGAGUCAUGGAGUAAUUUUCCUGAUUGAAGUACUAAUGUUCGCUAUACUAUCUACCUGAUGGAAGCCUGUAAAACGAGAACGUCUUUUAAGUUCUGCUUUCUGAGCCAAUAACGGAUUUGGAGUUAACUACAAGAAACCAGCUGCCGUGUAUGUAUUUCAGAAUCGAAAUGCUAAAUCUGCUUCUUGUCAUUUGCUUUUAACAUUAUGUUCGACAUGCAAUGUAUUGAAGGGGAGUUGAGACCUCUCAGUAUGCACAAAAAUAAAAUGCCCGAAAGAAAGGUCAAAGCGUCAGAGGUUUAAUCUUUCCA